AUGACUGCUCAACCCACCCCUCGUGGGCCGCCUUCUCCUACAGCGUCCUUUUACGAUCUCAGCGACGAUGAAGAGGGCGAGUACAAUACCAUAAGACACUCUAGCAGCGGUAAGGGUGUCAAGCUUCUAUAUACUAAAAGCAAAGUCUACGUGCACCCAACACCUUCGGCCAAAGACAAUAUCCCAGGCUUCAUUGCCCUAGUACAACAGAAAGCAGCAAUCUCCAAUGAUGCCAGACCACCUUCAUCGUCAUCUGCCAAGCCCACCACGUCCUCCUCACUGCUUCUCGCCUGGAUGCCCGAGUCAUCCCUCGGCGAUGCCUACGAUACUUAUGUCAAAGUUGACCUUUCUGACUCUGCCUCGCCUCCACGACAAUCUUACCUUGUUCCUCCUCCCCCUACAACCACAGCCCAUGGCCAUGCCGUAGGUGCAUACGCUUUUGCAGUUCCUGUCAGCGAAGUCUAUUCGUUACUGAUUCGACCACCGAGUAUUGGGUGGUACUUUGGUAGUGUGGUUAUAAAUACAAGGGCUGGUGAUAGUUUUCCGGCACUCUUCUUUCAUGACAGUGAGUGCCAGUCAACAAUCAUGCAGCGGAAGAAGCUGGCAAAAGAGAGCUUUGACCCCUUUGGUGAUGGCGGCGGGAUGUUUUGGGGAGGAGACGAAGUGCUUCGGUGGCUUAAACGCUACGUUGCCGUAGAACGUUCCGCGGAUCCGAGCACAUUCCUGAUCGCCCCUUCAGAUGAGGACAAAGUAUCGUUUGGGAGUAAGAGCCCAGCGAUGAAGAAAAGAGAGCAGGAAGAAGCUAGUUCGUCCUCGGCACAGCAAAAGAGGGAUGGAGGCAUGGAUGGUCUAACGAAGACGCUCAAGGAGGCGCGGUGGAACUUUUUGGAAAAGCUCAGCCAGGUCACUACUUUCACGCGGCGGACAGCAGAAGCGGUUGCAGAAAGUAAGAAUAUCCCGCCUCAAGUGCGGAGACUUCUCAAGAACCCGGAAGUGCAGACUCUGCAAGAUGAGUUUGACAGUGCUAGAAUCUAUCUAGCGCGAUGGGCCAUGGGUAUAGCCGAGCAGAGUGAAAGGGAGCGCACCCAAAGAAUAUGGACCGCGAAAGAUGUGUUGGAGAUGGAAGACAGUGAGGUGGGAGAAUUUGAGAUAUUAGACGUAGAAUCCAGUGCUGCAGCUGCCGAGAAGAGGAAGCCCGUUACCAUGAAAGAGUGGAAAGGUUUUUUCGAUUCGAAGGGCACACUACAGGUCACACCGGACGAGGUUAAGGAGCGCAUAUUUCAUGGCGGACUGGAUCUCAAUGACGGAGUUCGAAAAGAGGCUUGGUUAUUCAUCCUCGGAGUCUACAAUUGGGACAGCGACUCCGAAGAGCGUCAGGCCUAUAUGAAUAGUCGAAGGGACGAAUACAUCAGGCUCAAAGGCGCCUGGUGGGAACGCAUGAUAGAGGGCCACAGCACACCAGAAGAGAACGAAUAUUGGAAGGAUCAGAAGAAUCGUAUAGAUCGCCAUAUUCCCAUAUUCGAGGGCGAGGACAUACCUCACCCUGACCCUGACUCGCCUUUUGCAGAGACUGGUACUAAUGUUCAUCUUGAACAAAUGAAAGAUAUGCUCUUGACAUAUAACGAGUAUAAUAAAGACCUUGGCUACGUACAGGGUAUGAGUGAUCUGUUGGCCCCCAUAUAUGCAGUGAUGCAAGACGACGCGGUCGCUUUUUGGUGCUUUGAACGCAACUUUCUCCGAGACCAGUCCGGUAUGCGCAAGCAAUUAAUGACGCUCGAUCACCUGGUUCAACUUGUUGAUCCAAAGCUAUACCUUCACCUAGAGAAGGCGGAUUCGAACAACUUUUUCUUCUUCUUCAGAAUGCUACUCGUCUGGUAUAAACGUGAAUUUGAAUGGCUCGACGUACUACGGCUCUGGGAAGCGCUCUGGACAGACUACCUAAGCAGUAAUUACCAUCUCUUCGUUGCGGUCGCCAUAUUGGAAAAGCAUCGUGAUGUGAUCAUGCAACAUCUCCAACAUUUUGACGAGGUCCUGAAGUACAUAAAUGAGCUCUCUAAUACCAUGGAUCUUCCAAGUACACUCGUACGAGCUGAGUCUCUUUUUCGACGGUUUCAACGCACCGUUGAGGCAGUCGAUAAGAAGCAUAGCUUCCCUAGUCCUUCUGUGCGACAGCGUAAGCCUGAGGCUUCUUCGACAAGCAAUGUAGGCGCCUCUUCGGGGACAUCUAGUGGAAGAACUCCAGCGAAUGGGACCAAGCCCAGCACAGGUGCCGAGAAAGAAAGAGUGAUAAGCCCGGAAUUGAGAGGUCUGCUCAGCCGCAAGGUUGAAAAAUUAAACAAGGAGGAGAUACAAGCUCACGGAGGCGGAGUUGGACCUUAG